CACAAAUAAGGAGUAUAUAUAUAAUGGUUCUUCUUUGGGGUUUCUCAGUCAUUUCUCUUGCUCUAUACAUCUUCAACAACAUCCCCAUCAAGAAGGAGAAGAAAGGGCUUCUUCUUCAUCAUCAACCCCAUCAAAGUGGUAGCAACCACAACAACAAGCUGACGGGCAUGAAGAAGAAGAAGAUCAGGCCGAGCAACCUCAUCGUGCCGAUCCAAAGCUACCCAUGUGCGAAAUCGGAGUUCGAGGAGGUGUACAAGAGGUCGGAGAGCAAGGAGCUCGAGGUUCGCGGGAGGAACUUCUGCCUGGCUAGCAAGAAAGGGAGAAGGGAAGUCAUGGAAGAUGGGUAUGGAGUUGUGGCCGACAUCCAUGGAGACACCAAGCAAGGGUUUUUCGCGGUGGUCGAUGGGCACGGUGGCCGGGCGGCGAUGGAGUACGUGGCGGAGAACUUGGGGAAGAACAUAGUGGAAGCCAUGGAUGGUGGUGAGGUGAUGGUAGAGGAAGCGAUUCGAAAGGGAUAUUCGGUUACAGACAAAGGGUUCCUUAGCCAGGGGGUUAGUAGUGGAGCUUGUGCUGCAAGUGUAGUGAUGAAAAAUGGAGAGAUGCACAUAGCCAACGUGGGAGAUUGCCGAGUGAUCCUAAGCAAAAACGGAGUGGCCGCUCCAUUGACAGUCGAUCACCGUCUGAGCACUAGACAAGAUGAGCGCCAACGUAUUGAAAAUUUGGGCGGAUACGUGCACUGCGACAGAGUCCAAGGUUCCCUAGCCAUCUCGAGGGCUAUAGGGGACCUCCAUCUGAAGGAAUGGGUCAUCUCCGACCCCGAGAUCACUAAGCUUCCAAUCACUCCAGAUUGCCAGUUCUUGAUCAUGGCUUCUGAUGGCCUCUGGGACAAGGUUGGUGAGCAAGAGGCAGUGGAUGAAGUCUCAAGGCAUUAUGAUAACAACAAUGGAGUACUGAUGGAGUCAUGCAAGAAGCUGGUUCAGUUGGCUUUCAGCAGAGGCAACUUGGAUGAUGCUACUGUUAUGGUUAUUAGUCUAGGGUGUUUCAUGGACCCACAACCACCAAUUUUGAUCAACUAGUUGAUGAGGAGUUACGUAGUUAAGUAAUCUUAGAGUCAUUAUUUCCAAUGGAUAUAUACCUAGCUAGCUAAUGUCUUUGGAAAUAUCAAAGACAAAAUGUUGGAUCUAUGUGUAUUAUAUUUAGCAUUUUCAUAU